GAAAAAAUGGAAAAUGAAAAAAAAAAUUAGACAACGAAAAAAGAAAAAAAAACUGAAAAAUAUCUCUGUUAGUAAACAGACCCUCAACGUUUUAAUCUUGAAAUCUCAAAUCUCUCGAUUCUCCCCUACAAAAAAGUGUUGAUCAAAAGUUUGAAAAUUCUUAAAAUAAGAUUUUUUUUUGUGAUUGGACAAAAAUUCCCCACCACUGCCUACUACUGGCACCACCUACUUCCGGUCGCCGGAGCUCAGACUGUCGUGGCCCAGGUUUCAGCUGCCACCGCCACCUGUUGUAGACUUCAAUCAUCGCACCUCCGAUGGGCCAAAAACAUUUCCUAUUUUUUUUAGCCCAAUACGUCUGCCAUCGCUGCCAGAAGUCAGCCACCGAACGUCGUUGGUAGCAGUCGCCACCACCAGACAUCCCGCCAACGAACUGUCCUGGUUUCCAAGGGAACUAGGGGGGGACAAAUAUUUAUUUAUAUUAGGGAUAUUAAUUUGUGAAAGAUUUAGUUUCAUUUGUGCAAUUAUAUUUCCAUUUAAUUUGUUUGUGUUCUUUUUCAUUAUUAGUUAUGUAUGGUGGGAAGCGAUGCAGCAAUUUCAUCAUCAUGUAUGCUGACCAUGUAUUGGAAUACGAAGCUGCCCAACACUGCCAUGCCCCUAGCAAUCAAGAAUUCCCUCCCAACUGGAGCAGCUACUGCUUGGACCUCCUCCUUCGCAAAGGAAUUUCAGAGCUUAAACAGCGUCAUUAUCUACCGCCACAACGCAACGGAAAACGAAUUCCAUGACAACUCCGGCGUCUCCCUCUUCUUCAAGCCCGCCGCAUUACACAAAGGCAACGCCGACGGCAUGACCUUACGGUUAUCGACGCCCGCGAACGGCCCCGUUUUCAUGCCCCGGACGGAAUCCGAAAAGAUCCCUUUUUCCUCCCGGGAGAUGCCCCGAAUCCUCCACCGUUUCUCCGUAGAACCCGAUUCCGAUGAAGCUCGGGAGAUGAAGAAAACCAUCAAGGAAUGCGAAGAACCGGCUGUCAAAGGAGAGGUUAUGCAGUGCGCCACGUCACUGGAAUCCAUGAUCGACUUCGCCAAAUCCACGCUGCAGGGGAAGAAGAUCCGGGCUGUAUCGACGGAAACCGUUGCCGGCGAAACGUCAUGCUUUCAGAAUUACACCGUUUCGGGCGUUGAGAAAGUGAACGAAGAAGGCGAUGGGGUCAUGGUGUGCCACAAGCAGAGCUACGGAUAUGCUGUCUUCCAUUGUCACAAAUCAGAGACGACGGAUGCUUUUGAAGUUUCCCUGGUCGGAGUUAAUGGAGCGCAGGUAAAGGCGGCGGCGGUUUGCCACAAAGAUACUUCCGGUUGGAACCGAAAUCAUUUGGCUUUCCAGGUGCUUAAGGUCAAGCAAGGAAGUGAACCUGUUUGCCAUUUCCAUCCGGAGAAUCAUGUUGUCUGGUAUGCCAAGAACUGGGAGACGUAUAUCCCCAACAUAACGUUUUAAGAGCUCGGCUAGGCCAGCUUGCCAGCCAUCACAUAUAUACAUAUCUAAUGUCUGUGUAAUGUAUAACGUACCGUGAAUAAAAGAAUAAGGUUGACAAUAAAUAAAAGAGUCCAU